AUGAGAGACCGUGGAAUGUACUAUCAAUGUGAUCCACAGGGAUUCCCCGGUGAUCAAACGCAAAAGGCGGCGAUUUGGGGCGAGUUCGUCGACGCGACGAAUCUCAUCGAUAGACUUUGGCCACGAGCUUCAGCUGUAGCCGAGCGAUUGUGGUCUGAUCCAGCAUUGACGCAGUCCGCUGACGCCGCUUGGCCUAGACUUCACGAAUUUCGUUGUCGUUUGGUUUAUCGUGGUUUUCGUGUGCAAACCAUCAACGAUCCUGAUUAUUGUCCAUAUGAAUGGGAUGAGAAAUAUCAAGAAUUG